AUGCUUUUGAAGAGUAUAUUGCAGGCAGCAGACUCAGCUCUCGAUACGCAGCCGCCUUCUCAACAACUCACCUCGUUUCGGCAGCAUCGGCACCAGCGGCCACUGCCAUCAUCAUCUACAACAGGUGUGGACGGCAGUAGUACUCAUCCUGGCAGAACUGGUGGUUUAGGCCGCUCGAGCUUCUGGUCUGGCUCGAGUGGUAAAGAACCAAGAAGCUGUUCUGGAGCGGGAGGAUCUGUGGGCGGUGGUUAUUUGAGUUGCACCAUUAAAAUGUACGAUCAACAACCUUCGAUUGCGGACACAUAUGCAUUGGUUGGUACCACACCGCCAAGCGACAGCGGUGCCAGCUCCGCUAAGAUCGAGGGCAACCCGGAUGCUCUCAACAGUUAG